AUGCAUUACACUGAUGCAGAAACGGGUCUCUUCCACGUUGGCUGGCUACACAGUGGUGCUGCCGGGGCUACGACCGAUGAUCUUGUGACCUACCACGAUCUCAAUCCCGACGGAGCCCCAUUCAUCGUUGCCGGCGGUGUGAACGACCCUAUUGCCGUCUUUGAUGGCUCAGUCAUUCCUAGUGGUAUUGGGGGGCAACCAACUCUGCUGUACACCUCGGUGUCGUAUUUGCCCAUUCAGUGGACCAUUGCUUACACUAGAGGAAGUGAGACGCAAUCUCUAGCGGUCUCAUCUGAUGGUGGACGUAACUUCACCAAGCUUGAACAAGGACCCGUCAUCCCCUCUCCGCCGUUCGCAGUCAACGUGACCGGCUUCCGCGAUCCCUACGUCUUUCAAAACGCGCAGCUGGAUUCGCUCCUCGGCAGUGAUGAGGGUACCUGGUAUGUGAUUAUAUCGGGUGGUGUGCAUGGCGAUGGUCCCAGCCAAUUCCUAUAUCGACAAUACGACACAGACUUCCAAUAUUGGGAAGAGCUCGGCCAGUGGUGGCAUGAACCCGCGAACUCAACUUGGGGCAAUGGUGACUGGGCUGGACGAUGGGGCUUCAAUUUUGAAGUCGGUAACGUAUUCAGCCUUGACCAAGAUGGAUACAAUACCGAAGGUGAAGUGUUCACCACUUUAGGUGCUGAAUGGUCGCUCGAUCCUAUUGUACCGCAGGUCUCAGACUUCCGUGACAUGCUGUGGGCAGCCGGCAACGUUUCUCUGAAGGACGGCACUGCCAAGUUCACGCCUACCAUGGCUGGACGUUUGGACUGGGGCGCAUCUGCAUAUGCCGCGGCUGGAAAAGUCCUGCCAGCGUCUUCACUGGCGUCAAGUAAGAGCGGUGCGCCUGAUCGGUUCAUUUCAUACGUAUGGCUUACUGGCGACUUCUAUGGUACCCUUGACCCUGCGACAAAUCAACAGAACUGGACAGGUGCUCUGCUACUCCCUCGAGAAUUAAGCGUAGGCAAAAUCAGCAAUGUUGUGGACAACGACCUCUCACGGGAAACUGGGUCAUGGCGGAUAGCAAGCAAUACCUCUGGUGUCUUGGAGCUCACCACUCUCAAACAGGAGAUUGCGAGAGAGCCGCUGGCUGCUCUGCUGAACGGCACGACAUCCACCGAGCCUGGCCGAACAGUGAACGCCUCUGGAAUUGCAGCGUUUCAGAAGUCGCCCGAUACCAAGUUCUAUGUUCUCAAGACGUCUCUCAAGUUUCCACAGUCAGCUCGUGGAAGCGAUCUCAAAGCGGGCUUCCAGAUCUUGGCUUCUGAGUAUGAGUCGACGACAAUUUACUACCAAUUCUCCAACGAGUCUAUCAUUAUCGACCGGAGCAACACAAGCGCGGCGGCUUUAACCACGAAUGACAUUGAUUCAAGAAACGAAGCUGGCAAACUGCGAUUGUUCGACGUCGUCCAGGCUGGCGAGGAAGAAGUAGAAACACUUGAUUUGACUAUCAUAGUCGAUAAUGCAGUCGUCGAGGUGCACGCUAACAGCAGGUUUGCCUUGGGCACUUGGGCUAGGUGA